GGGUGGGGGGGUGUGUGUUAGGGUGGUGGAAAAGGGGGGUGCGCGGGGGAAGCACCGGGCGGGAGGUGCCGUGGCCGCCCCGCCCCGCCGCCCCCCCCCCGCGCCCCGCUCCGCCCCGCGCCGCGCCCGCCGGCCGCUCCAGCAUGCACGGAGGAUGCUCGCGUCUUGCUCAGGCAGGAAGGGGCCGGAGGGCAGGUACCCGCUGCACUACCUCGUCUGGCACAACCGCGCCCGCGAUCUGGACCGGGAGCUCAGCGCCAAGCAGGCCGACAUCGAACAGCUGGACCCCCGAGGACGCACCCCACUGCACUUGGCCACCACGCUGGGCCACCUCGAGUGCGCCAGGGUGCUGCUGAAGCAUGGUGCCGACGUGGGCAAGGAGAACCGCAGCGGCUGGACAGUGCUGCAGGAAGCCGUGAGCACCCGCGACCUGGAGCUGGUGCAGCUGGUCCUGCGCUACCGUGACUACCAGCGAGCCAUCAAGCGCCUGGCCGGGAUCCCCAUCCUGCUGGAAAAGCUGCGCAAGGCCCAGGACUUCUACGUGGAGAUGAAGUGGGAGUUCACCAGCUGGGUGCCACUGGUGUCCAAGAUCUGCCCCAGCGACACCUACAAGGUGUGGAAGAGUGGCCAGAACCUGCGGGUGGACACCACGCUGCUGGGCUUCGACCAUAUGACCUGGCAGCGGGGCAACCGCAGCUUCGUCUUUCGGGGACAAGACACCAGCGCAGUGGUGAUGGAGAUCGACCACGACCGGCGAGUGGUCUACUCGGAGACGCUGGCCCUGGCCGGCCAUGACCAGGAGGUGCUGCUGGCUGCUGUGCAGCCCACCGAGGAGCAGGUGAUGGGGAGGCUGACGGCCCCCGUCGUCACCACCCAGCUCGACACCAAGAACAUCGCCUUCGAGAGGAACAAGUCUGGGAUCCUGGGCUGGAGAAGCGAGAAGACGGAAAUGGUGAACGGGUACGAGGCCAAGGUCUACGGCGCGUCCAACGUGGAGCUGAUCACGCGGACGCGGACCGAGCACCUCUCGGACCAGCACAAGGGCAAGAGCAAAGGUGGAGCUGGUGCGGGCUGGGGGGGCACGGCCCUGCGCCGGCUCUGGCCCUCACCUCCCCCCCCCCCCCCCCCACCUCCCGCAGGCAGUAAGACCCCGCUGCAAUCCUUCCUGGGCAUCGCCGAGCAGCACGUAGGGCCCAACAAUGGGACACUGAUCACGCAGACGCUGAGCCACGCCAACCCCACCGCCAUCACGCCCGAGGAGUACUUCAACCCCAAUUUUGAGCUGGGCAACCGGGACAUGGGGCGCCCCAUGGAGCUCACCACCAAGACGCAGAAGUUCAAGGCAAAGCUGUGGCUGUGCGAGGACCACCCGCUGUCCCUCUGCGAGCAGGUUGCCCCCAUCAUCGACCUCAUGGCAAUAAGCAACGCGCUUUUCGCCAAACUGCGGGACUUCAUCACCCUGCGCCUCCCGCCCGGCUUCCCCGUCAAGAUCGAAAUCCCCAUUUUUCACAUCCUCAACGCCCGCAUCACCUUCGGGAACCUCAACGGGUGCGACGAGCCCGUCAGCUCCCUGCGGCACAGCCCCAGCAGCGAGGCACCUUCGCCCAGCAGCGACUCCUCCAGCGUCAGCAGCUCCAGCUCCCUGACCUCGUGCCGGGCGUGCGAGAUGGACCCAGCGCUCUUCGAGGUGCCGCGGGGGUACAGCGUGGUGGGCACCCACCAGGACGCCCUGCGGGAGGAUGAGGAUGAUCUGCUGCAGUUCGCCAUCCAGCAGAGCCUGCUGGAAGCGGGCAGCGAGUACGACCAGGUCACCAUUUGGGAAGCGCUGACCAACAGCAAACCAGGCACCCACCCCAUGUCACACGAGGGCCGCCGAGGAGACAGGACUCCCCAGCACACGGCAGCCCCCCGUCCCCCUGUGCCCCCGUCCCCGGGGGGGGGCGGCGGGGGGCCCAGCGCCCUGUUCCCCAGCUACGCGGAGCAGUUGCGGCUGGCCAUGGCGCUGUCGGCGCGGGAGCAGGAGGAAGCCGAGCGCCGGACGCGCCAGGAGGAAGAGGAGCUGCAGCGGAUCCUGCAGCUCUCGCUGACGGAGAAGUGACCCCGCGCCCCCGCUGAGCCCCACACCCCCCCUCCCCACCCCAAUGGGGACACAGCGGUGCCGUGUAUGGGGGCACGGAGAGGGGAGGGAGUCGGGGGGUGGGGAGGGGGGAAGCCAGCCCAAGCACUGUGGAGGGCAAAGGGGGAGAGGGGGGGUGCAGGAUUUGGCCCUGGUGUGGGGGAGAUUGUCCCCGUAGCUGGGGAGGUACUGGGGGGGGGGGGGGUUGGGGGGGCACCCCACAUCAGGACAGGAUGGGGAAGGGUGACAGCCCUGCAGCUGGGGUGGCAGGGACCAAGGGGGGGCAACUCCACGGACUGUACCCCACCCCUGGGACAGCCCUAGCCCCCCCCAACCACCCCAUGGGGUGCUGCUCAGCCCCUCACCCCAGGAAUGCGGGGGGGGGGCACAUUCUGCCCCAGAUGGGGGUGGGGUCUGACAAUUGUGUGGGGUCCUGGGGUGCCCCCAGAGCUGGGGGGCUCUGCUCAGCCCCCCCUGCCCAGGCGCUACCAAGUGCACUUACCCGGGAGCCCCACUCUGCCUGCCAAUGGGCCGGGGGGGGGGGGGGGGGGAGGGGUUGCUCAGCCCCAUUGCACCCCACAGCCAGCGCGGGGCUGGACAGCCGCCCCCCCACCCCGACACAGGGGGCCGCUGGGGCAGCCAAGGGGGUGCCUGCGAAAAGCUGCCUGGUGUCACCCCCCUUCCUUACAUCCUGCUCGCACCCCCCUGUCCCCCGUUUCCCGCCCCCCCCCCCCGGCUCGGUGGUCCCCCCUCCUUGGCAGCACUACACCCCCUCGUCCCGGGCACUGACCCCGAGAGAAACCUUAUGUCAAAUGGUGCUAACCCCUGGCCCCCCCCGCCCCGGGCUGCUCCUCCUUUGCACAUGGUGGGGGCUGGGGGCCAUGGAGGGCGGGGAGGGGGGGAGGAUCGCUCCCCCGGGACUUUUCGUAGCCGGCGCCCCCACCUCACGCACCCCACAAGCGACAUCUGGGCCAGGGCCAGGGGAGCCCGAGCAGCUCCGACCGCGGCCAACACCAAUAAAUGCUCUUUAAUGUUUGUC